ACCCAAGGCAAGCAGAAGGGGAUUGUUUAAUCAAUCAAUCUGGCCCUUAGCUUAGCAGGAGUAUAUUGUUUAAUCAAGGGGGCUGGCCCUCAACUUAGCAGGUCGUUGUUCACAAGCUGAUGGCCCUGCACCCCACACCCUAAAUCUCAAAGCAUGCUUUCAUUUCUAUCUCGCUUGUUGAACUCAGACUCCCAGAAUCUAAACCACCAUAUUUGCAAGGUCUUUCUACUUCAUCCUUCCCAACACUCAUUGUGUUCUUUCAACAGGGCAUGAUGCUCAGAGUGAAGAAAUGUCCAACAGCAGCUCCAGCAGCCACUUCCUCCUGCUGCCAUUGGCACACACGCGGCAGCUGCAGCUCCUGCACUUCUGCCUCUUCCUGGCCAUCUCCCUGGCUGCCCUCCUGGCCAACGGCCUCAUCAUCAGCGCCGUAGCCUGCGGCCACCUCCUGCACAGCCCCAUGUUCUUCUUCCUGCUCAACCUGGCCCUCAGCGACCUGGGCUCCAUCUGCACCACUGUCCCCAAAGCCAUGCACAAUUCCCUCUGGGACACCAGGAACAUCUCCUACACAGGAUGUGCUGCACAGGUGUUUCUGUUUUUGUUUUUCAUUUCAGCAGAGUAUUUCCUCCUCACCGUCAUGUGCUACGACCGCUACGUGUCCAUCUGCAAACCCCUGCACUACGGGACCCUCCUGGGCAGCAGAGCUUGUGCCCACAUGGCAGCAGCUGCCUGGGCCAGUGCCUUUCUCUACGCUCUGCUGCACACAGCCAAUACAUUUUCCCUGCCCCUGUGCCAUGGCAAUGCCCUGGGCCAGUUCUUCUGUGAAGUCCCACACAUCCUCAAGCUCUCGUGCUCACACUCCAAACUGAGGGAACUGGGGAUUACUGUGGUUGGUGCCUCUUUAGCCUUUGUCUGUUUUGUGUUCAUUGUUUUCUCCUAUGUGCAGAUCUUCAGGGCUGUGCUGAGGAUCCCCUCUGAGCAGGGACGGCACAAAGCCUUUUCCACCUGCCUCCCUCACCUGGCUGUGGUCUCCCUGUUUCUCAGCACUGGCAUUUUUGCCUACCUGAAGCCCCCCUCCAUCUCCUCCCCAUCCCUGGAUCUGUCAGUGUCAGUUCUGUACUCGGUGGUGCCUCCAGCCCUGAACCCCCUCAUCUACAGCCUGAGGAACCAGGAGCUCAAGGCUGCAGUGUACACACUGAUCACUAGACCAUUUCACAAAUAUUAAACUUCUAGCCAAUUUAUUUACAUCACUUGUAAUAAAAGUCAUAUUUGUUACUCCUUGUUGGAUUAUUUUGGAGGUUCUU